AUGUAUGACACUGAACUGUUCAGUGGUCCUAUAGACUACUACGUAGAUGGCAAAUUAUAUUACUGGUUAAACGCUAUCUCCUCGUUUUCGAUCAGCGCUUCCGCUAUCGGAGAAGAAGAUGUUAAGUUCGACGUUAACAAUGAUUUAGUCGAUUAUGCAAAUGUAAGUACUUGGGCAUUCUUAGAAACUUGCAAAGGACGAAAGAGAAACUGAAU